UUAGAAAAGGUCCUGCAGUGGCAGCAGGACGAGCGGGAGAUGCGGGGGGAGCAAGCAGAAGCAGUGGCCUCCUGCUGGCAUUGCUGGCAGCUGUCAGCUAUACUGUCAUGCGUGCAUCCUGCGCCAAUGGAGAGCUAAUUACGCGAUCUAUCCCCACAUCCACACCCACAACAGGAACAACAAUAAUCCUAGAAAUGCACAGCAAUCAAGAAUCCAUAGAACAAACAUCAAUGCUGCAACAAGAAACGGACAAUGCUGCGAUACCUAAUGAUGAUGAUGAGGAUGACGACGAUGAUGUUUGGAGCGAGCGACCCGAUACAGCAACACUAACAAAAGGCUUUUCAAUUCCCACGUAUUUGCCUCCGUUUCCGGACUUUAUAGCCGCAGAUUUACCGCCGCCACAACUGACAGCGCCCGGCCAAACUAUGGCCGCAGCCUCAUCCCAAUCAUCAUCAUCAUCAUCGUCAUCGGCAUCGGCGGCGUCCGUCUCAUCGACAUGGCAUCCGCAAUCUAAUGAGGAGCAGCAACAAUCGCCGGCGACACAGAAACCACACAUGCGAUUGCACGCCUACGAUAGCGAACAAAAGGAAAUGCAACUGAGGCGUGAGAAGCAGCUGCAAAGAGAAAGAGAACAACUGCCAAAGCGGCAGCUUAGCCUUCCUGCUCUCAAUGUGACUGUGCAGGCCGGCCAGCACGCCUAUUUGCCAUGCCAGUUGCAUCAGCACUCGAACAAGCCACUCUCCUGGGUGCGUUUGCGAGACGAACAUAUCAUAGCUGUGGAUUAUACGACAUUUAUCAAUGAUGCACGUUUUGCUACCCUACUGCAGACCCCUCCCGCAAAUUCAAGCAGCAAUACCAGCAAUACCAGAAAUACCAGCAUUGCCACUGGCACCAACAACAACAACAACAGCAGCAGCAACAGCAACAGCAACACAAGCUGGACGUUGCAAAUCAAAUAUGUCACUCUCGAGGAUGGCGGAUGGUACGAAUGCCAGCUGGCAACCGAGCCAAAAAUGAGCGCAAAGGUGCAACUGUGUGUGAUAACACCAAAAACCGAGCUUAUUGGCGAUCAACAGCGUUUUGUCAAGGCAGGCAGCAAAGUAGAGCUGCAUUGCAUUGUACGGGGAACUUUGGAAGCGCCCAAAUAUAUAUUCUGGUAUCGUGGUGAGAAACAAGUCACUGCCGAUAACGAAGCCUCACAACAGAAUGGUUGGUACACUCAGAUCGAUCGCAAUAUAUUUGGCAGCACCGAGCACAGUCGCAAUACCAUUGGCACACUGAUUAUUCCGUUGGUACGUAAAACCCACUCCGGCAAUUAUACAUGCGAGCCGGAGAAUAGCGCAGCUGUUUCCAUGCAAUUGCACGUACUAAGUGGUGAAUAUUCCGCUUCGGCAAUUAUGUCCACUGCCGCUCAUAGACAAGGUCAUGGCUAUAGCAGCCUACAUCAGUGGCUAAUCUUUUUGUUGGUGGCUUUGAAUAAGACAUGAUUUUAAUUGGAACCAUUUGUUGUAACUCUUAAGUCCCGUCUAAGACAUUAGUUAAGCUAAUUGACUUAAAUUUUAACAUUUAAAGCACACAAACGAGAAAAUGUCAAAACGCCCUACAUGCAUAAGAGUAAGU